AUGACAGAAUUUUUGCCAAAUGAGGUUCUGCAGCGGACGAUCAGAGGCAUGAUAUAUACAGAAACAGAAUCCAUAGUGCUGCCUCCCACUUCACCGGGAGUUGAAAAGCUUCAAUUAGAGUUUGCAGACUUCUUGGCAUUUAAACAUGGUGGCGGUACUACCGAUCUGUCACCGAUUGAAAGGUCAGCAGCCAGUUCAUCCCAGCAUAUCAAGUACUCUAGUCAUCAAAAGCCCGGCCGCCAAGACCUGAGAAGCCGGUAUAGCGCCCCUUUCCGUUCAAUUAUUCUCCCACAUACCGGGACGGAAUUGAUUGAGUUUCUCUAUGCAUUCAUUUCGAGCAUGGCCAUUGCGGCGGGCGGCCGUCGUGCUCUCAACGGACAGUAUAUAAAACACUGCUCGUAUGCUCACUCGCCUCUCUCAGCUCAGGUCCUUGAUUCCGAGCCGAAUAAGAUUAUGAGUCCCAUGGUUUCUCUUCGUUGA